GCUCAAGAGGAUCAGAGGAGUACGCGCGCGAGGUGCUCCCGCUCGAGGGUAAGACGAUGGCUUCACAGGGAUGAUCGAGGCGGACGACGGACGCGGCAGCAAUAAUAUCGACAAUGAUCAUAACAAUUACCACCAGAAGGACAUCAAGACGGGCACGAUAGGAUCAAUGGGCAGUGCCGAGCACCUUCCCACGCUGGCGUUUGCUAAAGAGAAACCAUCGCUGUGAGAUUGUGUUUGAUUAGCAUAUGGAUUCAUAGCG